AAAAUCAAUACAUACCGUGGAAUGAGUGCAUGACUGCAUGUAAGCCGAGAUAAGAUGAUACAGGAAGUAGUAAAUGUUGAUUCAUUAUCCAGCUCAUUUUUUAGAAAAUCGUUUUUUAAAAACGUACUGGUGCACGAGACUUAUCUUUAGAAAUUGCGUUAAAUUCAACAGUUUGUUGUAGAAAUGCGCACACAACUUCUUGUUUGGAUUUGUCUUAUUUCGUUUCAAAUAUGCGCUGUGUCGAGUUGCGUUGUUGUGUCCGGUGUUGUCGGUAUUGUAGCUGUUGCUGCUGCGAGUUACACCUGGUUGUACUGCCGAUGUUUCGAGUGCUGCGAUGAUCACUGGCUCUCCACUAACGUAACUCAAUUGUCACUCACUCUACGAUCCAAGGUCUAUGGGCAGCAUCUUGUUACAGAGACGGUGGUGAAGCAGUUACAUGGUCACUUUCGAUACCAGCCGAGAAAGGCUCUUGUACUUUCUUUUCAUGGAGGACAUGGAACCGGAAAGACAUAUGUGAGCAAAAUCGUUGCCGAGCAACUGUUUGCGCUGGGCAUGCAGAGUAAAUAUGUCCAUUUCAUAUUAACAACCACAGAUUUGUCAGAUGGCAUUGUAUCCACCAACAAGAUGAAACUUCGCGAGAGGAUUGAGCAAGCUGUGAGGAUGUGUCCAAGGUCCUUGUUCAUCAUUGACGAGAUUGACCAAAUGUCUGCCGUUGUCAUGGACACCAUCAAACCAUUCCUUGACUACCAUGACAAUGUCGACGGCGUGGACUAUAGGCAGGCUGUAUUCAUUUUCUUAAGUAAUGACGCAGCUGAAGAAAUUGCCAGUAAGACAUUAGAGAACUUGCAAAAUAAAAAACGGUAGUCGAUCACAAUCGAACAACUCGAGGAAGUAAUGACACUACCUGAACGCCGCGAGGAUUCGGGCGAUGUUUGGCGCCGGAAGCUUGUAUCGAAUGCCCUGAUAUCCGCGCACGUGCCCUUUCUGCCCCUGGAAAAGAGCCACGUGCAGCAAUGUAUCCGGGAAGUCCUGAAUGAGGCUCGGUAUUCGACGAGCGAGCGCGAGACGGAAG